AACAUGUGUAUGUAACCAAAAUGUGUGUAUGUGUUAUGGCUUGCUACUAGGGGUUGAUUAACCCUUCAAUGCAUAGGAAAAAAAACUGUGUCUAGACUACUUAUGUGUCUCAUGUAAGCUAGCGCAGCUUGAUUGACAAGUUAUGGAAUCAAGGGUUUUUAUUGAAAGGCAUGAAUUAAUGUUCUUUCCCUUUCAAAAAGAUAUUUAACACUUUUAAGGAUUGCAAAUGCCAUGUUGAAGUAAAAAAUUGAACCAUUUUCCUUGUACUAUAGAAGUAAAGAGCAUCACACAAAGAGGGGAAAUGAAAUAAAGGAGCAUUAGGUGAAGGUGUGGAAAAUAGUCUAUCUCUUUUUGUUAUAGAUAUUACUAUUAAAGAUCAAUGCAUGCAUUAGUCCAACCACUACUACAUCUGGUUUGAAAUGGUCAAACACACGUAUACUUCCAAGCACUGACUUUUGCAUGUGUCACUUCCUUGACAUUGAUAAUAUAUCCAGUUGAUGGUGGCAUAUAGUUUAUUAUAGAAACUUUUAGUGUGUUGUUUGACUGUGGCAUGGGUCUAUAUAUUUGUCGAAGUGGAUGCGUUGCAUUCUUACCACUCAUCCCACACCGUAGCAAGGUUAGAGGAGCUUGUGGUUUUGCUAACUAUCCAAAACCAAAAUGUACAAGCUAUCAGCUUGCAGUUCUAUGGCUUGUGGAAUUUCCUUGCAGACUAUGGUCCUGAACAGUUGGAAAGUUCGUAAUUAUAAGCAGGGAAGUGGUCGUUGCACAAAUGUACCCCGCAAUGUAAACUUGGAAAAGCUGCAAAAUAACUAUUUGUUUCCUGAGAUUUCAAAGCGGGAGCUACAGCACCUGGAAAAGUACCCAAAUGCAAAAGUGAUUAGCCUUGGAAUUGGUGACACCACAGAGCCCAUUCCUGAGAAAAUCAGCCUUAGCAUGGCUAAUUAUGCACAUGCCCUUUCAACUGCUGAAGGUUAUAGAGGAUAUGGAGCUGAGCAAGGGAAUCAGGCUUUGAGGAAAGCAAUUGCAGAAACAUUCUAUAAAGAUGUUGCCAUAAAGGACACGGAAGUUUUUGUAUCAGAUGGUUCUCAGUGUGAUAUUUCCCGCCUUCAGCUGCUUCUAGGUUCAAAAGUGACAAUAUCUGUGCAAGAUCCAUCUUUUCCAGCUUAUAUAGAUUCAAGUGUCAUUAUCGGGCAGGCUGGUGAUUUUCAAGACAAAACCGGGAAGUAUCAGAACAUCGAGUACAUGCAGCUUGGGCCUCAAAAUAAUUUUUUCCCUGAUUUGAGAAUCACUCCAAGAACAGAUAUCAUCUUCUUUUGUUCGCCAAAUAACCCUACAGGUCAUGCUGCAACAAGGAAGCAAUUGCAGCAGCUUGUAGAUUUUGCAAGGGAUAAUGGAUCAAUUAUUGUUUUUGACUCCGCUUAUUCCACAUAUAUCUCCGAUGAUAGUCCUAAAUCAAUCUUUGAAAUUCCUGGUGCCAAAGAGGUUGCAAUUGAAAUUUCAUCCUUCUCCAAGUUUGCUGGGUUCACGGGAGUUCGUCUCGGCUGGACUGUAGUCCCUGAAGAACUCUUGUUUUCUGGUGGGUUUCCUGUCAUACAUGACUUCAACCGCAUUGUAUGCACCUGCUUCAAUGGAGCAUCCAAUAUAGCUCAGGCUGGUGGCCUAGCAUGCCUUUCUCCGGAAGGUUUUCAGGCUAUCCGGGCGGUGAUCGACUACUACAAGGAGAAUGCAAAGAUAUUGGUAGACACAUUUGCCUCGCUUGGUUUAGAAGUCUAUGGAGGUGUCAAUGCCCCAUAUGUUUGGGUGCAUUUUCCGGGUUCAAAAUCAUGGAACGUGUUUACGGAAAUCCUCGAGAAGACUCAUAUAAUAACAGUACCAGGAUCUGGUUUCGGUCCCGGUGGCACGGAGUAUAUCAGAAUCAGUGCUUUUGGGCAAAGAGAGCUCGUCAUAGAAGCAUCUUGGAGGCUGGAAAAACUCUUGUCCAAGGGAAAAUCCCCCUUUUUAACUGUCUAGAACAAAGAAUGAAGUGGUUUUCACCGGCCAUGCCAUUACCAUGGUAUAUGUAAUCCCAAACUGAUUUGGAACUUUAAGC